AUGAAGCGCAAUUCUCAAAAGAAAGAAGAUUUGUUUGAGAUAUUAGCCGAAUUAAAAGUUGUCAAUGAUUAAUACUUCUAGGCCAUAUUUGAAAUGUUCAAAAGAGAAAAAGAGAAACUAAUUGAAGACUAUUUAGAAUUUCUUUCAAAAGACGAAAAUCAGAGGUUUAUAGAAUAAUAAUUUUAACAAUUCGAAAAUCAAAUUUUCAUUAAGGAAAAGUUGUUUUAAGUUAUUAAAUUUAACAUUUAGAAAAUUGCUAUAGCUGUCAAAAAGAUUUUAGAUCAUGAUUUUAAUAAGAAUAAUUUUUCCUAACAAAAGAAUCAAAUAAUUAAAAUAGAACUAAUUAAAAAAAUAUCAGAAGAUAAGAAAAUCCUUGCAUUUUUAUAAUUUUUAAUUCAUCUCACAAGUUUAGAUAGUAGAUUUAUUUAAUGUGGUUCAAAUUCACUUAAUUUGUUAGUGGAAAUGAAUGUAGAUCUGAGGGGAAAAUUUUAUUAAAAUAUUUAGAUUAAAGAUACAUCUUUAGUUGGUGCUAAUUUUGUAGGAUGUAAUUUGAGCGGAUCUCGAUUUGAAAAUGUAGAUAUUAGCGGAAUAAAUUUGAAUGGAGCGUAGUUAUUUAAUUGUAAAUGGAAUAAAAUGAAAAUUCCUGAAUUAAAUGAAAUGGAUGCUCAUAAAAGUAGUGUAAAUUCAAUAAGCUUUUCAUCUGAUGGUAUUACAUUAGCAUCUGGAAGUGCAGAUUUAUCUAUCCAAUUAUGGGAUAUAAAGACAGGUCAAUAAAAAGCAAAAUUAGAUGGUCAUAGUGGUCAAGUAAAUUCAGUUUGCUUUUCACCUGAUGGUACUAUGUUAGCAUCUGGUAGUCAAGAUAAGUCAAUCCGUUUAUGGGAUAUAAAGACAGGUCAAUAAAAAUCAAAAUUAGAUGGUCAUAGUGGUCAAGUAAAUUCAGUAUGCUUUUCACUUUAUGGUACUAUGUUAGCAUCUGGCAGUGUAGAUAAGUCUAUUUGCUUAUGGGAUAUCUGUACAAGAAAAAAAAAGUUGAGAUUAAAAGGACAUAGUAACUCAGUUAUGUCGAUAUGCUUAUCUCUUGAUGGAGGUACUUUGGUAUCUGGUUGUGUUAAUUAAUCAUUAUAUUUAUGGAAUGUUAAGACUGGGCAAUUAAAAGUCAAAUUAGAUGGUCAUAGUGGUCAAAUAAAUUCAGUAUGCUUUUCACCUGAUGGUACUAUGUUAGCAUCUGGCAGUAUAGAUAAGUCUAUCAGAUUAUGGGAUGUUACGAAAAGAUAAUUACAAUAAAAAUUAGAUGGUCAUAGUGGUCAAGUAAAUUCAGUAUGCUUUUCACCUGAUGGUACUAAGUUAGCUUCUGGUAGUGAUGAUAAGUUAAUCCUUUUAUGGGAUGUUAAGCAAGGUCAAUAAAAAGUCAAAAUAGAUGGUCACAGUGGUCAAGUAAAUUCAGUGUGCUUUUCACCUGAUGGUACUAUGUUAGCAUCUGGUAGUGAAGAUAAGUCAAUCUGUUUAUGGGAUGUUUAAAAAAGUCUAUAAGAAGUUAAAAAAGAUGGUCAUAGUGGCUAUGUAAAUUCAAUAUGCUUUUCACCUAAUAGUACUAUGAUAGCAUCUGGUAGUGAAGAUAAGUCAAUCCGUUUAUGGGAUGUUAAUACGGGCCAAUAAAAAGCAAAAUUAGAUGGUCAUAGUGGUCAAGUAAAUUCAGUAUGCUUUUCACCUGAUGGUACUAUGUUAGCAUCUGGUAGUCAAGAUAAGUCAAUCCGUUUAUGGGAUAUAAAGACAGGUCAAUAAAAAGCAAAAUUAGAUGGUCAUAGAGGUCAAGUAAAUUCAGUAUGCUUUUCACCUUAUGGUACUAUGUUAGCUUCUGGUAGUGAUGAUAAGUUAAUCCUUUUAUGGGAUGUUAAGCAAGGUCAAUAAAAAGUCAAAAUAGAUGGUCACAGUGGUCAAGUAAAUUCAGUAUGCUUUUCACCUGAUGGUACUAUGUUAGCAUCUGGCAGUGUAGAUAAAUCUAUCAGAUUAUGGGAUGUUAGGACGAAUCAUUAAAAAAUCAGAUUAAAUGGUCAUAGUAGUUGGGUCAGAUCAGUAUGUUUUUCAUCUGAUGGUGUGAAAUUAGCAUCUAGUAGUGACGAUAAGUCUAUACGUUUAUGGAAUCUUACGACAGGUUAAUAAACAGCCAAAUUCGAUGGUCAUAAUACUUAUGUAAAUUCAAUAUGCUUCUCUCCUGAUAACUCUACAUUAGCAUCUUCUAGUAAAGAUGGAUGUAUCCAUUUAUGGGAUGUAAAUACAGCACAAUAAAAAGCCAUAUUAGAUGGUCAUAAAAAAAGUGUAAAUGCAGUAUGUUUCUCUUCUGAUGGUACUACAUUAGCAUCUGGAAGUGAUGAUAAAUCUAUUCGUUUAUGGAGUAUUGGGUCAAGCAUUCAAAAAUUUAAUUUAAAUGGACAUAGUAAGUCUGUUUUUUCUUUAUGUUUCUCUCCUGAUGGCGCUUCUUUGGUAUCUAGCAGUGAGGAUAAGUCUAUCCGAAUAUGGGAUGCUAAGUCAGGUUAAUAAACAGCCUAAUUUGAAGGUCAUAGUGGUAGUGUAAAUUCAAUAUGCUACUCUCCAGACUAAAUUACAUUAGCAUCUGGAAGUGAUGAUAAGUCUAUUCGUUUAUGGAAUAUUAAGAAAAGAUAAUAGCAAGCCAAAUUAGAUGGUCAUAGUGAUGCAGUUCGAUCUGUAUGCUUCUCUCCUGAUGGUACUAUAUUAGCAUCUGGAAGUGAUGAUAAAUCUAUCCGUUUAUGGUAUGUUAAGACAGGUCAUUAGAAAACAAAAUUAGAUGGUCAUACUCAUUUUGUUAUAUCAGUGUGCUUUUCUCCAAAUGGUACUCUAUUAGCCUCUGGUAGUGUCGAUAAUUCUAUUCGUAUAUGGGAUGUUAAAACUGGAUAAUUCAUAAAACGAUUAGAUGGCCAUAGUUCUGCUAUACGAUAAGUUUGCUUUUCUUCAGAUUCAAAUACAUUAGCAUCAUGUAGCGACGAUAGGUCUAUUCUUUUAUGGGAUGUUUAAAAAAGACACCAAACAGCCAAAUUAGAUGGUCAUAUUAGUGGAGUCCGAUCAGUGUGCUUCUCUCCUGAUGGUACCUAACUAGCAUCUGGUAGUGUAGAUUUUUCAAUCCGAUUAUGGGAUGUUAAGACUGCACAAUAAAAAGCCAAAUUUGAUGGUCAUAAAAAAACUGUAUAUGCAGUAUGUUUCUCUCCUGAUGGUACUAAAUUAGCAUCUUGUAGUGCAGAUAAAUUUAUCUAAUUAAGGAAUGUUAAAGCAGAAAAAUUUCAAGCCUUAUAAAACCCUCAUAUUAAAUAUAGAAGAUCAAUAAUCUUGUCUCCUGAUGGUACUACAUUAGCAUCUGAUAGUGCAGAUAAUACAAUCCAUUUAUGGGAUAUUAAAACAGGAUAAUACAUAUAAUUCUUUGAUAAUAAUUACAAAGAUAUAUUGGCAAAAUUCAAAUUACCCAUAUUUAAAAAUAACCCUCAGAAUAAUAGCAGUAUUUAUAAUUUUAUAUUAUUUAGCCUCCACUUAUAUUACUAUUCUUUUGAUAUCCAAAUAGCUAACAUUUUAAUCUUACGGGGCUUUAAUCUGGAAAGGAGAAUUUAAAAAUCAAUUAGGCAUAAAUUUAAUAAAGUAAUUUUAGUAAAGAGGAGCUCUCAUCCUAGAGAGUUAAAGAAAAUUAGAAUAAAUAUCAAAUUGA